GGAGCCCCCCGCGGCAUGGCGGGGCGGGCGGGCGCGCUGUGGCUGUGCGCGGCGGCGGCGGUGCUGGGCGCGGCGGCGGAGCUGCGGCUGACCCUGCUGCACACCAACGACGUGCACGGGCGGGUGGAGGCGCAGGGCGCUGGGACGCGGAGCUGCGCGGGCGCGGAGGCGGCGGCGGGCUGCUUCGGCGGCGUGGCGCGGAGGGCGGCGCGGGUGGCGGCGGAGCGGGCCGCGCACCGCAACGUGCUGCUGCUGGACGCCGGGGACCAGUACCAGGGCACGGUGUGGUUCUCCCACUUCAAGGGCCGGGAGGCGGUGCACUUCAUGAACCUCCUGCGCUACGAUGCCAUGGCUUUGGGGAACCAUGAGUUUGAUGAAGGUGUGAGCGGAUUAUUGGAUCCUCUUCUUAAAAAUGCUAAUUUUACAAUCCUGAGUGCAAACAUUAAGGGGAAAACCCCAUUAGGAAACGAAAUGAUGAAAUAUGUUAAUCCUUUUAAAAUAGUACAUUUUGACUCAGAAUCAGUAGGAAUUGUUGGCUACACUACAAAGGAAACAUCUUUUCUUUCACAGCCAGGGGAUGAUAUAAUCUUUGAAGAUGAAAUUGAAGCACUGCAAGUACAAGUCAAUGAACUUACUGCUAUGGGAGUGAACAAAAUAAUUGCACUAGGACAUUCUGGUUUUACUGUGGACAAAAAUAUUGCCCAGAAAGUGAAAGGAGUGGAUGUUGUAAUUGGAGGACAUACAAACACAUUUCUCUAUACAGGCAACCCACCCUCUACUGAACAGCCAGCUGGCCCGUAUCCAUUCAUGGUUGACUCAGAUGAUGGGAGGAAGGUGCCAGUUGUACAAGCUUAUGCUUAUGGAAAAUAUCUUGGUUACUUAAAUGUUACAUUUGACAAGGAAGGAAAUGUAGUUGAAGCAGUUGGAAACCCCAUUCUGCUGGACAGCAGUGUUCCUGAAGAUGAGCACAUUAAAGAAGAAGUGGAAAAAUGGAGGAAAAACCUGGGCAAUUAUUCUAAAGAGAUUGGAAAAACUAGCGUUUACCUGAACGGUACAAGCCAAGCGUGCCGUUUCCAAGAAUGUAACAUGGGAAAUUUGCUUUGUGAUGCUGUGCUUUAUGAGAAUAUUGGACGUCCAGAUAAAAAGUCAUGGAACCAUGUUUCAAUGUGCAUCCUGAAUGGAGGUGGGAUACGGUCACCCAUUGAUGAACAGACCACUAAUGGUAGCAUUACUGUGGAAGAUUUGCUGUCUGUUUUGCCAUUUGGAGGUCGUUUUGAUUUGGUAAGGGUAAAAGGCUCCACUCUGAAAGAGGCUUUUGAGCACAGUGUGCACAGAUACGGAGGAGGAACCGGAGAGCUGCUGCAGGUUGGAGGCAUCCACGUGGUCUAUGAUCUCUCCAGAGACCCAGGAAGCAGAGUUGUUAGCUUAGAAGUGCUUUGCACAGCCUGCCGAGUCCCAGCCUACGUCCCACUCCAGAUGGAUGAAAUAUACAAUGUGACUCUUCCGUCCUAUAUGUUAUUUGGAGGAGAUGGCUAUCAUAUGCUGAAAGACAAAAAUCUGGGAUACAGUAAAGGUGAACCUGAUAUUGAGGUUGUUUCCCGUUACCUCCAGAGAAUGAAGAGAGUUUACCCAGCAGUUGAAGGUCGAAUAAAGUUUUCUUCUGGCAGCCUUAUUGAAGCAAGUCUUACCCUGAUUUCUGUAUUGUUCACUGUAAUGUUCUUGCAUACUUGAUUUUUGCUCACUAUGUUUUCGUUUGGAGGAAGGCAGGAGGAGAGAUGAUGCCGAUGAAGGGAAAGAGAACUGUUCUCUUUUCUUACACCUUAAAAUGAAUGAGUGUUUAGGUUUCUGCAUGUCAACAGUAAACAGCACAAGCAAUUGGCUUUAAUCUGGUAGAGUCAUUGAAGCACACUGUGCAGAACGAGUAGGUGGAAUUCAUGACUUCUCUUCGUUUGGAUCAGCAGGUACCCGUAAUUCAGUCUGAGGUUUCAAGAAGCAAAAGUUCCAGUGAAUACUAAUGUGCCAUCACGAAACAACCACUCGCCAAAAUGGGAUAUUUUUAUUUUUGAAAACUCUUUUAAUAGCUGCUUUAGAUAGUGAGUUGAUUAAGAAUCUGAUUCCAGUAAUGUAAACAAGCUUCUAGAAAUUGAUUUAUUAUAGAUGCAUACACCUUUCUUUGAUCUCCACUCAGGGUUGAAGCCUUCAAUCUAAUAAUUCUACGUUGCUUCCAGUCAUAUUUAUCACACCUGCACCAAUGCCUGUAAGAGCUGGAUUAAACUCAGUGUCAUUAAAAGCAUGAGGUCCAUUUACAAGCAAUUAAAAAAAAUUUUUCCAUUUUACUUUUGAAGAUGCAGCAUCUCACUUAUUAAUGGAAAACAUAAAAGAUGAAAUGAAAGCUUGAUUUGAUUUUGGUAAAUGUUAACAAAUUGAGUAUAUAUACUUCACUAUUUAAUAUGACCAGUUUGGGGACUGCAUCUAGAGUGAGAACAGAAUCUAUGAUUAUGUUUCAUAGAAAUAUGCUCAAUUUUACACCUUUUUCCAAAGACCAAAGCACAGGACUGCUGACCAUUACUCUGUAUCAGUGUGCAGAGAGAAUGUCAGAUACAAGCAUUGACUCCUGCAGCACUGUGGCAUCCUUUGGCAGUAGCCCAGUAAUGGGGCUCUUUACAGCAUAACCUGGCUUUAUGAUAAUUGUGAUCACAGCUCAAAAGCCUGUCUCUUCUAUGGGAGGGCUGUGUUUAAAAAAUACACAGUUGAAAGAGACAGGCUAAUGAGUAUAAAAUCAGAAAUCGGAUUAAAUGCUAAGUGUACAUUCCUGACACUUUAUCAAGAAGUGACUGCUUACAAAUGAGUGCAAACGAUGAUUAUUUUUCUAAGAUUGUUCACAUUUGGAAUUUUGACAUCAACACAUUUCCUUGCUGUUUACUGCUGUAUUAAACUGAUUAUCAGUGUUUUAAAUAAGCCUGCUUUGUUUUUCUGGAAAGCACACUAUAGUCUUUUACAGACCAAAGCUGCUCGCCUCUCAAAUUGACUGCACCUGCAGAUUUCAAGGAGAAAGUGCAUUAAAAUAUCAGUAUGCUUAAUUUUUAAGACCUCAUUAGCUUCCACAUAAAUUCAAGAGUUGCGCAUGAAAAGAUCUGGACUACACAGCUGCAUUAGGUAUGCUGUGUUAGAACAGGGAGACAAACAACAACUGACCUUGACACACUGCUAGUUAUAACAUGGCAUUGAUGAUUUGUCAGUACCAGUCCCUGAAGUUAUUAAUUUACAGAGUGGUCUUCCCAAAUCAACACAAAACCAGUAACAGAGAGUGCACUUAUGGACCGAGCUGUGCCUGCACGCCAAAUUUAAGGAGUUGUAACAACUCCUUUGUCAUACCUGGAGAGAAGUAAGACUUUUACCUUCUUUUGACAAAGAGAAGGAAAAGGUAUGCAAGAGUAAUACAGAUAGAUAACGCAAAUUGUAUUGACAAAGAACACUAAUAUGGCAUUAGAUUGGUUUGUUUGUAAAAAAGGAGAAAAUGGGUGUUGUCUGAAAAGAAAAAUGGAGGAAUGCCUAUUAAAAUAUCUCUGUAUUGUUCUGUGAGUAAAACUUGUUAAAAAUCCACACAUGAAAGUCCUUUUCAAAGUCUCUUUUAUAAAGGCUGGGCCAACAAAUUAAGAUUUACAGGAAAAAUCUUCCACACAUUUUUAUACUAAUAAAUUUUUAGAAAAUGCUAUGAACAGACUCACAUCCUCUUUCCUAAGCCUGUAAAGAGGAUGUCAGAAAAAAACCCGACAAACCCAGAUAAGAAAUUGCAGAAAAAUAAAAGCUAAGGUAAAAGUCAAAACCACUCUUCACACCCAUUAUUAUUUUAAGAGUGCUUUAGAUUUCAAGGUCAGAUAUUAAAUAAACUGAAUUACACACGUGGUUUUCCAUGCUCACGGAAAGCAUGGAGGCCAAAGAUAGUUCUGAGAUGAUUUGUAUGCAAUAGAUUCAAUCAUGUAAUUUUGUUUUAAAAAAAUUACUAAGAUUUGUUAAGACAGUUAAAAAUAACUUCAUGGGAGCAUUCUACAACUUCCAAACAAUUUUUCUAUAUACCCUUUAAGGAAGACAACUGUAAUUGCUCUUUUAGCAAAGCACACAUUGGCUGAUCUCCCAGCUGUCUUAUUUUGUGUCAUCCUGUAAUUUCACACACAGAGAUUUGGGGGAAAUUUGACUUUUACUGAUAACAGCUAAAAAAGAUUUUAAAUAAAAAGUACAGAUAUAUUA